AUGGCUAUCUACGGAUUGCGUAGUUGGGCUCCUCUAAGGUUACGUUUGGCAGCAACCUCAACUUUACAACAUAUUGGAGGCCUUCACUCUGGGUGCGGGCUAUCAGCAGCUGUUUGGUUUAUCCUCAAAACUAUACACAUGAUACGAAACCGAGGAAUGCAGCACAGCUCCGUUAUUGCCACAGGUGCCAUCACAAGUACACUGAUCUGCAUAUCAGUUCUCAGUGCCUUCCCUUGGCUUCGCAAUAACCAUCACAAUACUUUCGAGCGUUACCAUCGCUUUGUCGGCUGGCUUGGUAUAGCAAUGACCUGGGUGUUUGUUAUCCUAAGCAACCUCAACGACAUUAAUCGCAGGAAAGGGCAAUCCGACGUCAGCAUUAUUCUGGGUGGACAGGAACUAUGGUUUGCUUUUUUUAUUACAAUACUUGUUGCCCUACCAUGGGCCACGCUUCGAGAGGUCUCAGUGCAAGUAGAACUUCCUUCGCCUAGACUUGCCAUUAUUCGAUUCAACCGAGGUAUGCAACAAGGGCUCGUUGGGAGGAUCAGUCGUACUGCCGUUAAGGAGUUCCAUGCCUUUGGAAUUAUUAGCGAAGGCAUUGAGUCUCCAUACCACUAUAUGGUUUGUGGUGUCCAAGGUGACUUUACAAAAAGGAUCCUCUCACAUCCACCGACGACACUGUGGACAAGGGAGCUCAAGUUCACUGGCAUUGGUCAUGCCUCAGCUAUGUACAAAAGGGGAAUCAGGAUCUGUACAGGAACAGGUAUAGGAGCUGCGCUAUCUACCUGCAUUCAGAGUCCAGACUGGUUUCUUAUCUGGAUUGGCUCUGAUCAAGAAAAGGCCUUUGGUGUAACAAUAUGCGACCUAAUCCAGAAGCAUAUCGAUCCUAAGCGGAUGAUUUUAUGGGAUACAAAAAAAGAAGGUCGGCGACCUGACACAAUGCAGCUUCUAAAUGAGACUUGGGUACGCUUUGAAGCUGAAGUUGUUUUUAUUACGUCUAAUAGAAAGGGUAACGAUGAAAUAAUGCAAGGAUGCUAUACAGCUAACAUACCUGCGUUUGGUACCCUCUGGGACUCUUAG